AUGACCGUCGACGAUCUUCCGUCCUUCGAAUCUCUCAACCAGCUACCGAAAUUCGACAAGAACGAAUACAUCCAAACAUAUGUCGAGAACCAACGAAUUCACCUUUCUUCCUACGUAAUCAGCCCACAGCGACCAGGCGCUUCCAACAACAUUGGUUUUACUACACCCAUCCUCGCCGCCCGCAAACGCCGCGCUACCUCCCAACCCGUUGAGCGAAACGAAAACCUAGCCAAGAAGGAGAAAGUGAAAGAAAAAUCUAAGGUGGUUAAGCAACAUUCCAAACGCAAGCAACACAACUCCGAUGACGAGGAGGAAGAGCAAGCUGUCCGUCUUGAAGAACGCAGGGAACGCAAGAGAGCCAAACGCGCAAUUGUAAAACCCGCCAACGACCCCGAAAACAAUCAGAACAAGAGCAAGACUGAUAACAAGAGACAGAAGAAGGACAAGAAAUCUAGCAACGCCUUUGCUUUAAUGCAUGGCUUCUCUGCUGCAAAUGUUGGGAAGAAUCGUCUUACACUAAAACCGCCUUCUGCUAUCGGAGUAUUCAAGAAAGGCAAAGCUUCCCUCAAGACCAAGUCUAAGUCGAAACAAUCAAGUAAACCGUUUUCAGAAACUCAGUUCCUCAGUGGUACAAAGCAAGCCAUUGCCUCCAACAUCUCGUCGUCGUCGUCGUCUAGCUCGGAGCCAUCUAAAGUCAAGGGCUUGGCCGAGUCUGAGGUCUGGGAUAUCGAAUCCAUUGCUAUCAACAAUCAACCGCUGAGCCCUAUCGAGGAGGAAGAGGAAAAAGAAGAUGAAGGUCAAGGGACUGUCAUUGUUGAUGCUAAACGUCCGGGCUGGGCUAUUUCUACUGUCGACGACGCCCCUGUGCUCUCCUCCAGUCCGUCUUUACGACCAUCAGAAUCUGCAUCUCAAAUUGCGAACCAUCCUCCUCGUCCUAUUGUGCCUAUUUCACGCUUCUUCUUCGAUGAAAAAACUCUGCCGGUUCUUGAAGAGGUAGAAUCUCAAUCCUCACCUUCUCCCGUUGUAGACCACAGCCCUCAAAUUUCGAAUCAUCGUUCUCGUCCUAUUGUGCCUGUUUCACGCUUCGUCGAUGCAAAACCUCUGCCGGUCCUUGAACCAGUGGAAUCUCAAUCCUCGCCUUCUCCCAUUGUAGAGCGCGGUCGUUCUCCCUCUCCGCUUGACCUUGAUAUGCCAGAACCUUUCCCAUCAAGCCCACAUCGAUCCCCACUUCGGUUUCGAAUACCAGCUCGCAAAAGAGAGUUCGCCAAACAAUUUUCCUGUCAACCUCGGCAGCCCGAGUCCGACCACGAAAUGGACGAACUUGCGCAAGAUUGGGAAGAGCAGUUCUCGGAUGAUCACUCGCUAGAAAUGAUUCAAGACUCGGCCGCAAUCUCCGAACUUGAAUCUACGCCGGGCGAAGAUGCCGACUUCUUCGAAGAUGAUAUGGAAUUUCUCGAUCACCAAGAUAUGGGAGGGGAUUUUGGGUUCUCCGAGGCUGAUUGGGCCGACCCACAAUGUGAAGCCUACGGGGUGAUGUAUGACGAAAUGGAGACAAUUUCGGAGGACGGCAUUUCUGUCGAGAGCGAGCAGGAAGAGAUUCAUCAACAAAGUGACUUGGACGAUGGCAUGACAAGUUACAGCAACACAAUACAGUUCACGGAAGGACGUGCGUUGCUGAUGGGACUCGCUCGGGCCGGAGCUGGAGGAUCAGGAGGAGCAGAGCUGGAUGUAGCGCGCGAGCUGAAGGGACACUGGCGAAGACAACGACUUUAG